GCACAACCGGAAGAUCGACCAUCAUGCGCAUCUCGUUCGAGCUGCGCGGGCAGAAGGCCAAGCGCGCGUCGUGCAAGCGGGCGCCUGGCGCGCCGAUGCAGCUGCAAUCGCCCAUCGCUGUUCCCAAGCACGUUCCCAAGCGACCGUGGCGGCAGAUUGUCGACGCGGUGGCCUCGGGCAGCCUCGCGCGGCCGUGCACCAGCAGCGUGCAGCCGCCCGAGUCUCUGGUUCGCGCGUUGGUCAAUCCCACACUUGGCGUGACACGCCACGGCCUCCCGCUCGACGCGCUACCGGCCUUUGCGAGCUCGGUCGUCGUGUUCUUGUUUCGCAACGGGUUUCUCUGCAGAGGCGUCGCACGUGCCGAAGCGGUCAACGGCCAUGCACAAGCCUACGACAGUGCUUCCAGCGCGUUUCUUCUGGCGCUGGACAGUGGCGUCAUUCCGGCCGGCCUCACGACCUUGAUGCCAUGCAUCUUCUACGACAAUUGCAUCCUCGUCGACAUCUGGGACUACCGCGGCGACGAAUCCGCUCUAGUCCCGACGUCGUCGGCGAUGCUCCCGCGCGAUGCGCCCUCCGACAUACGCACGCGCCGACUGGUGCUGCGCGAGUCGCCGAGCCAUUGCAUGCUGCAUUUGCAGCGGUUUGUAGAGGCGAGUGUGCCCGGCGCACCGGCUGGGUUGGCCAUCGACUUGGAGGCCGCGCUCCUACCGCACGUGCACCCGGAUGACACGCUGUGCUGGGACCCGUCGCCAGAUGUCUUUCAAGUCGCAGCCGCGCUUGGACUGAGCAGCCACGUGGGUCAAGCGGCGAUGAUGCGUCGAUGGGGCAUCGGCACCGCGCGGCAGUACGCGUCGCUCGGUGCAGGAUCGACCCCGUUUACGGCGACAACGACAGGCUCGCUUGGUGGGGGGCCUGUCGCUAAGCCACCAUCAUCAUCAAAAAGUUCAGCAGCAGCGAAAGAAGAGGAAGGUCCGUUCUCGACAGCGCGCAUCGCUGUCGCGAGGCCAAUCCUACCACCGUCAGCGUCGUUUCUCGCCGCAGCCACGCAGUUGCGGACAGGCUUGGUGGCCACGUACGAGGCGAAUCUGGCGCGGCUCGUCGCGCCGAGAGCCGACGACGACGACGACGUCCCACGCAGAUCCUAGUCGACGCCAGCGCCCGUCGCUAUUCGAUAAAAUCUUGGCGCUUCCAUAUAUUUGGCGUGCCACGUUGCUUACGAUGUCGACGGCGUCUGGUUUCGAAUCCUCGCAGCUGAAGCCCACGGAUCUGCAUCUGGUCAAGAUGUAGCGCCCUGACGUGGCAAGGCGACGCUGGCCUUAUCGACGAUGAGCGGCCGGUCGCGUUCCAUGAAGACGAGGCAGAGUGGCACCAACGUGGGUGGCGGCCCACGAAUCUGCCGCAGCUGGCGUCCGCACAGAUGGCACGGACGACUCGACAUCGCGGGCAGCGGCGUCGACGCCAUGCCCUUGUCGACGUCGCUCGCUGCUCGCCGCCGCCGCCAAUGACCUCGUCGCGGCCUGUGUCACUGCUGCGUCGAGGUCGAGAUCGAGGUCGAAGCUGAGGUCGGGCGAGGACCAGGACGACCCAGUCGCACGUAUCUUAUGUGCGCCGAUCACUUGCGGCGGCCAAUCUGGUUCCCACGGCUUCUCGCCGUUCGAAAUUUCGAGGUUCGAUAUUUUAUUUUAAUCCGAGUUGAAGCCGCGACACCAUACAAAACCCAAGCUAAAAUACAAUCGUCGGGUUUGGGAGG